UUUCAGAUGAUACCUUCGUUGAUCAAAUUUUUAUUUCACAUCAAUCCAGUAAAUUUCAAAAUCUUUGCCAUAUUUUUGUGGACAUUUGAUGCUAUAUUAUGCACAUUGGUUGUCCGGACGGUACCAUAUACCGAAAUCGAUUGGUCUACUUAUAUACAGCAGGUGAAUUGCUAUGAACAAGGAAUUCGUAAUUACUCGAAAAUUGAAGGUGAUACCGGUCCUAUCGUGUAUCCUGCUGGACAUAUUUGGUUUUAUUUGAUUCUUUCUCGUAUUACCAGCGGUGGAAAAGACAUCCGUACAGCGCAAUAUAUUUUCGAAUUUCUCUAUUUGGCAAGCUUAUUAUUAGUUUUCCGUAUGUACUACAUGAGCAGCAGAUUGCCUCCAUUUGUGCUCAUUAUACUGUGUUGUAUAUCGUACCGGAUUCAUUCUAUCUAUCUUCUUCGAUUAUUCAAUGAUCCUGUUGCAAUGCUGUUCUUUUACUUGGCUGUCAAUCUCUGGAUUAACCAUCGUUUUCAAAUUGGUUCCUUAUUUUACAGUUUGGCAGUAUCAGUGAAAAUGAAUACACUGUUGUUUUCUCCAGCACUUUUGUUUAUCCUCCUUCUAAAUACUGGUUACUGGAAUACGUUCAAGACAAUUGUAUUAUGUGCUACGGUUCAGAUUGUCGUAGCACUUCCAUUUCUGUUGCACGAUCCAUUCACGUACUUGCAAAGAUCUUUCGAUUUGGGUAGAGUUUUCCUCUUCAAGUGGACGGUGAAUUGGCGAUUUUUAUCAGAGGAAAUAUUUUUGGAUCAUCGAUUUCACAUAUUAUUAUUUGCGACUCACAUUUUUCUGCUUUUCCUUGCUGGUUACUUAUGGUUUAGGCGAUAUGGAGGAUAUAUGCAUAUGUUAUCAGUAGUGAGCUAUAGUAAAUUGUUGUUGAGCACUAAUGAAAUGCUUAUUGCUUUAUUCACAGCAAAUUUGAUUGGUAUAUGUGUUGCCCGAUCAUUGCAUUAUCAAUUUUACAGUUGGUAUUUUUAUACACUGCCUUAUUUAUUAUUUGCUGGUUUACCAUUCAAUAAUGAUUGGUUCUUCACGAACGAAGUAACAUCCACGCAAAAGUCCACUGCUGCUGUAUCACCAUUGUCGGUAAUCUUACGUUGCUGUAUUCUCAUUGGAAUCGAGAUAUGCUGGAACACUUAUCCUUCGACAGUUAUCAGUUCAACAAUGCUUCACUGCUUCCAUAUAACCAUAUUUUACAUAUUGAUACAUGAUUAUUACAGUGAUAGUAAUCUGACAAAACAUAAAAUUAUGUAA